AUGUCAGGCAUAUAUGCUAUAGUCUGGGCCCCUUACGGCCCCUCUGCGGCCCCUUGCGGCCCCGUCACCGCCACCUGCGGCUCUUUCGCUAUCACCUGCGGCCCCGUCGCCGCCACCUGCGGCCCCGUCGCCGUCACCCGCGGCCCCGUCGCUGCCACCCACGGCCCCGUCGCCGCCACCUGCGGCCGCAUCGCCUCCACCUGCGGCCCCGUCGCCGCCACCUGCGGCCACGCAGCCGCCACCUGCGGCCCCGUCGCCGCCACCCUGCGGCCCCGUCGCCGCCACCUACGGCCCCUCAUGGCUACCCCCAGUGUCCUUACUUUUGAUGCUGAGGGCCGUGCCGUUGACUUUGAGUUCUGGGUCGAUGACCUCCAGCUGUUUCUCCUGUGCGAUAGGGCAGACGGACUCUCUCUGUUCGAUCUCACCUCUUGUGCCUCUCCUGCCCCGCCUGCUACUGCUGACAGCACUGUUCGCUCACAGUGGGCCACACCCGAUGCUGCUGCUCGCCUUGCUGUGCGCCGCCACUUACCGACCACUGAGCGUGCAUACUUUAGCCAGUACAAGAGUGCUCAGACCUUGUACGACGCUGUAGUUGCACGCUACUCUUCCCCUGCCACUGCUGCACUGAGCCGCCUCAUGCUACCGUACCUCUUCCCUGACCUUGCUGCCUUUCCCACACUCACUGACCUCAUUACGCACCUCCGCACUAUCACCCGGCUCCCUGACUCUCUCCGCGUAGUCAAGGACCACUUCCUCUCAGUUUGCCCCACCACUCUCACCGUUGACCUCCUCGAGAAGGGCCUCCUAGCAGUAGAGAAGAGCAUAGUCGCUGUAGCAGCCUCUCGUGGUGACCCUCACACCCCCGUCUUUGAGGGGUGUUCUCCCUCCCCCCUCUUGCCCUCUGAUGCCUUUGCUGCUGCGGCCGACCUUGUUGGUUUCGAGUCGGUCGGCGCCGCGUCUGCCCCGAGCGGGAAACGCCGCACCGGCAAGGGCAAGGGGGGCAAGGGCGCUGGAGGGGCUGGCGGGGGCGGUGGCGGAGGGAGCGGAGGCGGCGGAGGUGCUGGAGGCGACGGAGGCGGCGGAGGUGGCGGAGGCGGCGGCGGCAGCAGUGGACCUGGUCGCAGCUCUGCACAGAGGAGUGGCUUUGGUGGUGGUACGCGCCAGCAGCAGCAGCGCAGUCGUGAGACCCUGUCCCCUCAGCAGCUUCGUGAGGCGGGGGUUGCUAUCUUUGAUCUUGAUUUUGAUGCUAUUCUUGCUGCCAUGUAUGCUGUUGCUGAUAGUGUUGAGGGUGACUUUUACCUGUGUGUUCCCCCUGACCCGGGCAUUGAGCCUGCUGCUCUAGGUGCUGGUGAGGCUGCUGCUCUAGGUGCUAGCGCGUCUGCUGUCCCAGGUGCUGAUGAGUCUGCCCUCUCAGGUACCUCGUCGGCUCAUGCCUUACACACCUUCACCAUUGACUCGGGUGCUUCCCGCUCCUUCUUUCGAGACCGCACCACGCUUACGCCGCUUAGUCAGCCGGUUGCGGUCUCCCUGGAAGACCCCUCUGGGGUUCCUGUCCUUGCUAGCUUCUCCAUUGUCUUACCGUGCCCAGCAGCCCCCUCUGGCACCAUGUCACGUCUCUACCUCCCCUCGUUCUCUACGAACUUGGUAGCUGCGUCGAGUCAGGUGUUUGCCGCAGCGUCCAGGUCUGGUCCUGAGUUUGCUCCCUGCUCGUGUCGUCUACUGUCCCACCAGACUCUCCUUUGGCACCACCGCCUUGGUCACCCCUCCCUGCCUCGUCUCCGAGGCAUGGCCUCUCAUGUCCUUGUCUCUGGUCUCCCCCGGUCUCUCCCUCCCCUACCUCCGUGGCCUGCCCCUACCUGCGUCCCCUGCGUUGAGGGGCGACAGCGCGCCGCCCCUCACUCCUCCGAGUUUCCUCCGACAGAGGCUGCGUUGCAGACUCUUCACAUGGACGUGUGGGGCCCCGCCCGCAUCCGUGGACAAGGGCACGAGCAUUACUUCCUGUUGGUGGUUGACGACUACUCGCGUUACACCACAGUCUUCCCCUUGCGCAGCAACGGUGACGUCACUGAGGUGUUGAUCGACUGGAUUCGCGCAGCUCGUCUCCAGCUCAGAGUGAGUUUUGGCUCCAACUUUCCUGUUCUGCGUCUGCACUGUGACAGAGGCGGGGAAUUUUCCUCUGCCCGUCUAGGAGCCUUCUGUCGUGCACAGGGCAUCCGUCAGACCUUCACGCUUCCGGCCUCUCCACGGCAAAAUGGGAUUGCUGAGCGCCGCAUUGGCAUGGUCAUGGACGUCGCUCGUACGUCCAUGAUCCAUGGGGCUGCCCCCCAUUUUCUGUGGCCGUUUGCGGUUCAGUGCGCAACGGAUCAGAUCAACCUUCAGCCCCGAGUCUCCUUGGCUCAGACCUCCCCCACCUUGCGGUGGACGGGGAAGGUUGGCGAUGCGUCUGCGUUUUGGGUCUGA